CCACAUUCUUCCCGUGCUGCCUCUCGUAGGCUCUAGGCGACACUGUACGACGUUCUAUUCAUUGUCUUCCUUGAGAUAGGGUGACCACCAUCAUGACAAGUCGUUUGAAACGCAAACUGAACGACCUUGGUGUGGAUACCGCGAGCUCGAAGGCAAACGAGAACUUCUGCUUGAUUGGAACGCCGCUGCCGCCACUCGAGAAGUCGAAAGAUAUCGGCGAAUUUGUUCCCUUAUGGAAGCAAGACGUCCGCGAUGAGAAGGGACGGAGGCGGUUACACGGAGCGUUCACGGGAGGCUUUUCGGCUGGGUACUUCAACACCGUAGGCUCGAAGGAGGGAUGGACGCCGUCGACGUUCGUGUCGUCAAGGAACGAGCGCGCCAAGAAGAAGGCAGCUCGGCCAGAAGACUUCAUGGACGAGGAGGACCUGGCGGAGCUGCGUGAGAGUCGGAAACUUGUAGACGAACAUGAAGAGAUGGACUUUGGUGGCACUGCGGCAGAGAAGAGGACAAAGGCUGGCGAGGCAGGGGAUGAAGACCCUAUCACUUCCGUUCUCGCCGCUACACUUGUGCCUCCACCCAAAGACUCGGUCGGCGCGAAGAUCCUGAAGAAGAUGGGUUGGAGGUUGGGACAAGGUAUCGGCCCUCGCCUAACGUAUGCACAGAAGAGAGCCCAGGACGCCGGCUUCAUGGACCCCUCAAAGGAAGUCAACGGGGAUGAGGAGGAUAUCGAAGAGGCUAGGAAGCACCUGUACCCCCGGAAGGACGCCCCAGUCGUGAUCUAUCCUCGAAAGGAUAAUUUCCACGGUUUAGGGUACGCACCGGGGCUCAGUCUCCACGAGAGUGUCGGUGGAGAACGAGGAUCAACGGGGCCCAACAUCUCUGCUGGUUUUGGUUUGGGAGCCCUGAACGAUGCAGAUGAUGACGACCUUGACAUUUAUGAUGGUGGCCCCUCCGGUCGUAAUCGUAUGGCUUAUGACAGUAGUCUGGGCGAUGACGAUCAUUAUAUUACCGUCGGGUCCAGUGCUUCUCGGAGGCGAAAUGCAAUACAGGAACCUAGUGUACCCCCAGGAAUAACUCAGACCUUCAACGACGGAACUCCUGUCCUGAAAGGCUUUGUCCUCUCUAACAAGCCAGUCUCUGAGGAUCGCUGGUUCCCGCUCCCAAAAGUUCCUCCAGAUUGGCGACCCGAUCCUUACAGGGUCUGGAAUCAAGACAAAGGCAAGGAAAACGAGCCCUCAACGGAGCAUCCAGCACAGUCCACACGCUCUCACGUGGAAUGGAAGGCCAGUCAGCUAUCGGCCGACCAGCGAGGCUCAAUGCUAGGCGAGACCCCUCUACCGGCGAAGACGCGGUCGGUAUUCGAGUUCCUUUCCCAGAAGGACCGCGAACGCCUCCAAUCCCUCCGCAAGGCACGCGCGGAAGGCGCAACCUUACCUUCGACGAAUGCUAGCACUCCUCCCCGUCCUCCCACCCCCGGUCCCCAGCCUCAAGCCCCCAGCGGUAUACGCAUCCCGAAUCUCCAUCCAUCCAUUGCGAAGGCUGCGCUCUCUGGUUUCCAGCCGUUCACCGCCGACCCACUUAAGCAGUCGCGCUACACCGCCUUCCUCACUUUCCUCUCCGACCCCUCCCUUGCUGAUUCACCCGAGAAGCUCGGUUUUGGUCGCUUCCCGCACCAAAGUGUCGAUGAGUUCAACAAGGAGCUCGAGGACUACGCCAAGUCAGCGACGGUGUUCAAGCCCCUCUCCGCCGCAAUGGCGGGCCGCUUCCGCUCGUCCGCCGUUGUCGAAUUAGGCCCCAAUGUCGUCGAGGGCCUCCACCAGCCGACAUCCUACGCGGAGCAUGUACCCGAGGAAAAGGGCGAGGAGCCCCUAGACAAGGAGGAGGGGGACCCGAAGAUGGGCGCGGUGCGACUGGGGAUGUACGGCCCACUCACGAGGGAGACGGUGCCUUGGCACCCCGCGAAGCUGCUAUGCAAGCGGUUCGGGGUGAAGGAGCCGGAGGUAGACUUGACGGAGCAAGCGGGCGCUGCGUCAGCGGGGUUCGAGUUCGCCACGGGUGCGGCCGCGGCAGCGAAGAGGGACGCGGGAGGAGCCGCCGGUUCCUCCACGGACGCAGGUCCUUCGUCUGCUGCGCCGAUUGCGAUGAUCACAGCGUCCGAAAGCGUAGAGGAGCUGAAGAGCGGGCCGAGGAAUUUAGCAAACAUAGGGUUAGGAGAGGACGAGACGCAGGGUAGAGACAUCCUGACGUACCAGCGGCCCGCGAUGGACGUCUUCAAGGCGAUCUUCGCGAGCGACGAUGAGGAUAGCGACGACGAAGGCGAGGAAGCGAACGACAAGGCGGAGCCGACAUCCCCGCCCUUCGACAUCCUCGCCCUUGCGAAGCUGAAGGCCGAGCCUUCUGCAUCACCCGCGCCUGUGGCGCGGCCUAACGAGCCGUUAGAGCAAGUCGACCUCGCGACGUUCAAGCCGACAUUCGUUCCACGCUCGGAACGCGAGUCGCGCAAGGACAAGGACGGGAAGGGCAAGAAGAAAGAUCAAGAUAAGAAGGCAAAGGCGACCCUAGUCUCUUUCGACGCCGAGGACGACGGGAGCAUACCCAGCUUCGGGCCCGCGCCGCCCAAGGAGAAGGAGAAAGAUAGAGAGCGCAAGAAGAAGAAGCGGAAGGAAAAGCAUGGGGAGGAUGAAGACGAUAGCAUGUGGGUGGAAAAGCCUGCGCCGGAGGUCGUCAAGAACCUCCCAAUGCCUACGAGCGCUGCUGCUGGGGUGGGGAUGCAAGUCGAUGGAGAUGAGGCGGGUCCGCAGAGAGGGCGGAAACGCGCGAUCGACUUUAUGUAG